CAGACAGACACAUCGCUGUUACUAUACAGGGAUGCGAGGCUCAUUAUGACAAAUUCACUCUGCUAAAAAUAAUUAAAAACGACUUGAUACACUUUGAUUAAAGCAACUGUUGACAUCAAUAUAAUACAAUUCCUGAGAUUGGAUUAGUGGACACACUUCCUCUUGUCUUUAUGUCAUAAAUUAAAUCUGGCAAAUGGACCAAGGCAAAUUCUUUGUGCAAAGAAUAUGAAGACACGCAUCUAAUGCUACAUCCUUUACCAGUCAGCUGAGUAGCCAUGAAGUCUGCUCUGGAUGGAAUAGCUGACACCACUUUCCGAACAAUGACUACUGGUUUGCAGUAUCUUGGCUCCAACGAUGUGAGCUAUGAUGACCCAUCCAUUGAUUCUGGCUUCGCCAAGACUGGAUUCCACUUACAGAAGACUCACUCUGCCCCACUUAGUAACUCCUUCCCUGUACAAGUACCUGGGGACAAGGAGCUCAUCUAUAAUGGCAACUCCAUUUACCCGACCAACUUCUCUGAAAUGCUUGGCAAUGGGACCCGAUGGGAGGGCGGGGGUUCUCUCCAAUGCGGGGAGAACAUUGUGGACAUGGAGUGCUUCAUGAUUCUGACCCCCAGUCAGCAGUUAGUAGUAGCGGUCAUGGCACUCACCCUGGGAACCUUCACAGUGYUGGAGAACCUUAUCGUAUUGUGUGUGAUCCUCCACUCCCACAUCCUGCGCUGUCGGCCAUCAUACCACUUCAUAGGAAGCCUGGCUGUAGCCGACCUUCUGGGCAGUGUCAUAUUUGUGUACAGUUUCUUGGACUUCCAUGUUCUGCACCGGAAGGACAGCCCCAAUGUGUUUCUAUUUAAACUCAGUGGAGUUAUCGCCUCUUUCACUGCCUCUGUGGGCAGUCUCUUUCUCACGGCCAUCGACCGCUAUAUCUCUAUCCACAGGCCGAUGGCUUACAAGCGGAUCGUCACCAAGAACAAGGCUGUCAUUGCCUUCUGCAUGAUGUGGACUAUCUCCAUCGUCAUUGCGAUUCUCCCCCUACUGGGCUGGAACUGUAAGCAACUGAACUCGGUGUGCUCAGACAUUUUCCCGCUCAUCGACGAGAAGUACCUGAUGUUCUGGAUAGGGAUGACCAGUGUGCUGCUUCUGUUCAUCAUCUACGCCUACAUGUUCAUCCUGUGGAAGGCCCACCACCACACUGUGCGCAUGAUGAGCCGCAGCUCCCAGAAGAGCAUCAUUGUCUACACGGCAGACGGCACCAAGGCGCAGACCAUGCGACCUGAGCAGACCCGCAUGGACAUCCGCCUGGCCAAGACCUUGGUGCUGAUCCUGGUGGUCCUCAUCAUCUGCUGGGGCCCUGUGCUAGCCAUCAUGGUCUACGACCUCUUCUGGAAGAUGAACAACUUUAUCAAGACGGUCUUUGCCUUCUGCAGCAUGCUCUGCCUGCUCAACUCCACCGUCAACCCCGUCAUCUAUGCACUGAGGAGUAAGGACCUGCGCCGGGCCUUCCUUAACAUCUGCCGGACGUGCAGGGGAACUUCUCAACCACUGGACAACAGCGCUGAGUCCGAUUGCCAUAGCAGGAGCAUCAAAGGCACAGCCUACAAAUCCACGGCUAGCUGUGCAAACACCACUGUAAAAGUGGCCAAAGUCACCCUGUCGGUCUCCGCAGAGAUGGUCUGAGAAGCUGUCUGCUAUCAUGUGUCUGUGAAGGUAUCGACUGUGAAGAAUUAAUCUAGAAUAGACACUACCCCAAUUAGCGCUGGCCAGAAAUUUUGCCAACCGUGAACUUUAAAUUGAGCUUUGAAGUAUAUGUAGCUGUAGCAUAAGAUAAUGUUGAUUAUUAUACUGAACAAAAAUAUAAAUGCAACAUGUAAAGUGUUGGCCCCAUGUUUCAUGAGCUGAAAUAAAAA